AUGUUCGCGCGUCGCUGUGCCCGUCUCGUCACCUCGAGGACAUCCGUCCCCUUGACCUCCUACUUGGCUCGCGUCCGCCUAUACUCGUCCGGUCCCAGCUACGAACAUAUCCUCACAUCUACUCCCAAGCCAGGAGUUGGUCUAAUCACCCUCAACCGACCUAAAGCUCUCAAUGCCCUCUGCAGCCCUCUAUUCACCGAGCUCAAUGACGCGCUGGGCAAGUAUGAUCAGGACAAGGAUAUUGGCGCAAUCAUUAUCACGGGUAGCGAGAAGGCCUUUGCUGCCGGCGCCGACAUCAAAGAAAUGGCCCCCCUAACCUUCGCCGCCGCCUACAACGACAACUUCAUCGCUCCCUGGUCUCACCUCGCCAACACCAUCCGCAAGCCCGUUAUCGCUGCCGUCUCCGGCUACGCCCUCGGCGGAGGCUGCGAGCUCGCCAUGAUGUGCGACAUCAUGUACUGCACCGCCAACGCAACCUUCGGUCAACCCGAGAUCAAGCUCGGCACGAUCCCCGGCGCCGGCGGCUCGCAGCGUCUCACUCGCGCCAUUGGCAAGAGCAAGGCGAUGGAGCUGAUUCUGACGGGCAAGAACUUCAGUGGCAAGCAGGCUGGCGAGUGGGGCUUGGCGGCCGAGGUCGUGGACGGGGGAAAGGAGGAGUUGCUGGAGGUGGCGCUGAAGACGGCCGAGACGAUUGCGGGAUAUAGUCGGGUGGCUGUCGUGGCGGGUAAGGAGGUGGUGAAUAAGAGUCAGGAGCUGUCGCUGCGGGAGGGAGUUGAGUAUGAGCGGAGACUGUUCCAUGGGUUGUUUGGCAGUCAAGAUCAGAAGAUUGGUAAGUUUUGA